AUGCCUCUUCACCUCCUGGGCAAAAAAUCAUGGAACGUCUACAACGCCGAGAACGUCGCCCGCGUAAAGCGCGACGAGGCACAGGCACAGGCCCGCGAAGAAGAGAAUGACCGCUUGAUGCAAGAGGAAGAUGCCAAGCGCAGGAUAAAGCUACUCCGCGGCGAAUCUGUAUCCCCACCUCCACCGCCUUCUCGUCCAUCUGACCCGGAGACUUUAUCAACGAGACAUACCUCUGACGACAUAAGAAAGCCCUACAAAAGAAGGCGGGUCGCCGGGGAGAAUGAUACAGAUAGGGACAUACGAUAUGCACGAGAAGAUGCGGCCCAAGCAACCGCCAAACGCGAUGAACUCGUGCGAGCCUCUCGCAAGUCUGGUACCGCAGAGGAACCCAUACUAGACAGUGCCGGGCAUAUCAAUCUGUUCCCCUCCGCAAAUACUAAAUCGGAGAAGAACCCCGAGGCUGAAGCUGAAGCGGCACGGAAGAAACGCAGCUACGAAGAUCAAUACACCAUGAGAUUCUCUAACGCAGCCGGGUUCAAGGAAACCAUUGGCCAAAAGCCGUGGUAUUCCGCGGCGGACAAGGAGGCCAUGGCACCAGGCUCGACCGCCGAGAAAGAUGUAUGGGGGAACGCAGAUCCGAGACGCAAGGAAAGGUCACAAGCUCGCAUGAGUGCUAAUGACCCACUUGCAGCUAUAAAGCGGGGCGUUCGACAGUUGAAGACAUCAGAGCAGGAGCGGAAGCGGUGGAAUGAGGAAAGGCGCCGAGAACUAGACGCCUUGAAAACAGACGAGGUGAAAAGAUCAAGCCACCGGCGUGCUCGAUCGCCAUCGGUAGACAGCCUCGAUGGCUUCAGACUAGAUGGACCACAAAGGGAAAGUGAGAAAGACCGAAAAUCCUCCGGUGGACAUGAGCGCCGCCAUCGAGAUCGAAGUCGCGAUCGAUCCCAUCGUCAUCGCCGGGUGAGAAGCCGAGAAAGCCACCGUCGUCGAUCUGAAGGCCAUCAUCCUUCUCGUCAUGGCCAUCGCUCUCGCCACGGAGAACCCUCUAGCAAUUACAGGCGUUCGAGCAGCUCUACAACAAAGAGUCGUGAAUAA